CGAGUAUAAAAUCGAUCAAAGAGAGGGAAACAGGUUUUAAAUGUACGGUUGUUACUCGGAUGCUAACAUGUUGGCGGUCAUUGCGCUUCUCGCAUAUAACUCUUUAGUGAUAGCAUAUAACUCUGGUGACGAUUGUGGGAUCUCUACAGGAUAUAACAAUGGCGAUCUUAACGAGCCUCAACCUUUGCUCUUGAAACGGGUCGCCAAAAAUGCGACCAUUUGGUAUCCGGAUGACGAUAAUGGAACCCUAAGUAUACCAACAAACGACUUCAUUUACUUGGCAUGCCCAGGCAAAGACAAUUACCUUAAAAACAGAAGUUGGGGUAAUGAGGUCAAGGCAAUUUGCGUACAGGAUAAGGUGUUUGACGUAAAUGAAGUUCGCCACAAUUUCUCAUCCUUAGUUUGCAAAUUUCAACCCGAACAUUAUGCCAAGUACAUGGAUUCGCCACCUUGUCUUGACAGACACAGUCCUAUCGAGAUUGGUUUCAACGUAAGCGGCACUUUCAUCCGCACUAUUGAAUUAUGCCGCGAUGACAAAACAUACACGACAUACUAUACAAAGUUCAAGAUGUCAAAAAUGAUCGGAAGCUAUCAAAGGAACUAUCCUAGACCGUUCUUUUCAGCGGGAAAAUUUUAUCCUGGGAUAGAUAUAGAUCAUCUAUACAAAUUUGAAACCCAGUUAGACACACUCGGUAAAAUUCUGAAUUCGACCGAGUUAGCUCAAAAACGAUUGAAAAAGUCGGUGCAAUUCCUCUCCCGCGGUCAUCUGGCCGCUAAAGCGGACUUCAUUUACGGCACUUUGCAGCGGGCAACUUUUUGGUACUUAAAUACUGCACCUCAGUGGCAGUCCUUUAACGGUGGUAAUUGGAAUUUACUGGAGGGCAGCAUCAGACGCUUCGCUGCCAGCCGCCGUUUGGAUCUCGACGUUUAUACGGGGGUGCACGGUCAGAUGACCAUGGAGGACAUUCAUGGCAAACAGCAACCUGUACACCUGCAUGCCGAGGGUGCAAUCAUGUCCGCACCCAAGUUCUAUUGGAAAGUCAUCUACGAUCCAUUGAGCAAGCAGGGUACGGCAUUUGUAGGCCUCAACGAUCCGUUCAUCAAGUCGGUUACAGACGAUGUAUUUCUCUGUACGGAUAUCAGCGAGAAGAUCAAGUGGCUAGAUUGGAGACCUCGUAAUAUCGUGGCCGGCAUCUCCUAUGCCUGCAGCGUCGCUGACCUACGGAAGGCGGUGCUCGUGGUACCGGAGCUCGAUGUGAUUAGUAUUCUAAUGUGAUACAAGUGAAUCAUACUUGAUUCCGCCUAAUCGUGUCUCUUAGAAGUACGAAAGAAUAAAAUUUAUAAUUGUGACAAAUUGAUUUUAUUUUAAGUUGAU